AGUCUGGACUUACACCGCGAGUGAGAUCAGCUGGAUUCUAAACACUAACAAGGAGAGAUGACAAACGCACAGGAAACGACCCGACGCGACGCCACUCCUUCACACGCUGCUGCAGAUGCAGUGAGGAUGAGGCGAAGAAAGGCUCAGUGGCUGGUUUCAGGCAUGUUAAGUCUGUCUUUGCUCAUUGUAGUGAUGGGUAUCUACACCAGCACACGCACUGAGAGCGUCAGCAUCACAGGAUACAUGUCAGGAAUUAUUUUGGCGUUUGGAUCAUUCUUGGGAGUUCUUGGAUUAUGCCUGGAGGAAAACCGCAAGCAGCUGCUGAUUGCGGCCAUUGUGUUCCUGAGUUUUGGGAUAAUUUCCAGUUUCCUGUGUCUUCUGGUUGAUGGCAUUUUCAUCCUACUCAACAUUGAUAUGCGUCCAAUGAAGGCAGGAAGAUGUCAGUUCUACACCAGUGGAAAUAGUUACAUCUAUGAGAACUACUACGCUACAGUUCCAUGUCAAGGACUAACAGAGUCAUGUAAUAUGAAAGUUCGGAGUGGAACGUGUUACUGUUGUGAUUUGUAUGAUUGCGCCAAUGGAGGAUAUCUGAACAAUUACUAUGAGUUUGUUGGUGUGCAGAGCUGUCAGGAGGUCUUCUCUCUGUAUGUUCUCCUCUGGGUCCUGACCACACUUAACCUGCUGGCCUUCGUGUGUGGAAUCCUGACCACUGCUGUACUGGGCAGUAUCAAAGACAUGAAGAGUGGGGUGGUCGGUCUUGAUGUGUCCCAGUUGGGAGGUUCAUCUCUGUUCUCUUUUGAUGGGGCCAGCUGUUCUUCUCCCACUGCACCCUUGCUAAUGGAUCCAAACUCACACGCAGGACACCAGCUCUACCCGAGGGCGUCACUGUAUGUGUCUCCAGCAGGAUCUAGUGUAUCUCCAGCUGCUGCAGGAUCCAGUGUAUCUCCAGGAGGAUCAGCAGAUGCAUCCCAUGCACAGCCCAACCCUCCUCCCUUUGCCCCCCUUUACAACCUGCUACCCUACAAGACCUCCAGCUUCUCAGCUUAGAACAUCUGAAUCCAAACCCAAGACCUUGAGACUGAACUCCCCUUAAACACAACAUGAAAUCAAAAUGAGCUGUUUGCUUGUCCAUGAUCUUAUUGUGCAAGAUUCAUCUGAGCACGAUCUCAAGAAAAUGGCUUGUUUUCAUAAUCUUUCAUCAAAAUGGCUUUUCGUUUUCUUCACUUUAAUGAAAACAAUGGUGAAACGAUGUCUUUUCUACUGCAAACCUGUGUGGAUGGGAAAAAAUUAUGUUAACUAAUUGUAUUUUUCUACUUUUCAUGACCCAGUCAAACCCCGCUCUACCUUGUUUUCUGGUGGAUAUUUCAUUUCAUUUAUAAAUAUGCCAUAUUAUAGACCUUUAUUAAAGAAAUGCAAUGCUAAUGUCAUUUCAUGUUGUCUUUAAAAGUCAUAUAAGGCUGCCAAGUCUAGUUCUUGCAAUGGCUAUACAGUAAAUAUCACAUUAUAAAACAAAUUAAAAAAGCUAUAACUCUAUAGACUCAUUACAAUCAGUUGUAGACUGUGACUCAUUUUGAACUAACUUCUCCACAGGAUAAUGUUCAUUUUCAUCAAUCUGUUUAAUUCUGCCAUACUUCAAAAUCACAACUUGAGGUUUUCUUGAAGCACUUUUUGAAAGCAAGGGAUAGGAACAAACUUUCAAAAUGUAAUCUAGAUGUUUGUAUAUGAUGUGUGUAUAUGUUUCUUUUGACAUGAAUUGUUGUCACUAUGUAAGGUUUUAUACUUUGAUGUAUUUUAGUUUUAUACAAGUCUUAUUUUUGUGCAAGCUCUGUUAAAAGAAUCAGUUUAUAUUUUAUACCAAAGGCUAUGUACUUGGCAGUAUAAUAAGAACAGCUCUUACUCUCUUAAAGCUAUAUUUUAAGGCUGAAAAUAAAUUUCAGGCUGUUUUAUCC